AUGUGCAACAGCGAGAGAGCACUGGUGCUUUUCCAAGCAGUGACAGUGCUAGUCGUUGGGCUCCCGGUGCAGGGCCAUGAAGGCAUCCUAGGCACCUUGAAUGAAUGGGGCCAAUCGUGCAAAUCAGCCGUCAACAGAUGCUUGUCCUCCGUCAAGUCUUCCGCCAGUGACGUGAACUCCUGGCUGCCCUCGGCUUCCAGCAUCAGAUCAGCACCCGAAACGCCGGAUACCCCUGUGUGCCCAUUCUGCAGAAACGACUGGUGCGAGCAAGAUUUCAUGGCCGAAUGGCCCACUUGCACACACACGAUUGCCCAGUCCCCUGAGUCGACAUCCUCGAACUUGAGCGACCAAGGCGAAGGAUUUCGAGGGCUGUGGGACAUGAACCACUCUGAUCCUGAGCACAUGGAAUGGUCCUUCAACCACUUCCACUUCCACACAGACUCGAUCAUCAGCUCGGCGCGAGAGGAAUUGGAGCAAAGGAUGCAAGAGUCUUGGGACAGCCAUCACAUCGACAGCCCUCCUAGUCGAAGCCACCCAACACCCCUUGAAAAUGCGAAUCUCGGCCAGCCGCCGUCGACGGUUCUUGGAGUGCUUUGA